AUGCAGUCAGUGUUCAUCAGCUUGGCUAUUGUGUUCGCCGUUUUUCUCUCAACUCAAGCUUAUCAGCUAAAGGAUGAUGAUAGACUGGUAGAGCUCUGCAAAAAAUCUGAAAACCGAGAAUUAUGUGAAUACUUGCUUCAACAAGAUAAUUACUCGGAUGAUUAUGAACAUGGAAUGAUGGAGAAACGUAAGCCAUCAUUUGUUCGCUUCGGUAAACGAAGUAGUAAUUUGGACAAUCAAGACAUGAUGCAAAUGGACAAGCGCAAGCCAAGUUUCGUCCGUUUUGGCUAG